UACUAUUUCCGGUUUGACAAAACAUUUCCACAUUGACUGAUCUUUGUUGACAUCGAGUAUUUGUGUCGACUUCGUUCUUAAAAUACAAUGUCAUUUUUAGUAGACUCGUGUAUUAUGUUCGUUUUACAGGCAUUAUUUUUUGGUGGAGGUUGGAUUUUCUUCUUGAAGAUACUGUAUAAAAACUAUGAGGUUCAUCAUUCAGGAGUAUUACUCAUGUUUUCCACGACGUUUGCCCUGUCAUGUACGAUGUUUGUGUUGAUCAUAUUUGAAAUCAUAGGCAUAAUGGAUUCCAGUUCACGAUAUUUCCACUGGAAGCUUCAGCUGUUUGCCACCCUGUUCAUGCUGAUUGUUCUACUGCCCGCAUAUAUAGCCUUCUUCGUACUCUCCAAUCUCAGAUUUGUACCCCAGAAGCCCCACAUUCAGGUGGCCUUGACCUUUGUGUCCUGGUGCGUGUUUCUCUACUUCUUCUGGAAGAUUGGUGACCCCUUUCCCAUCCUUAGUCCAAAACAUGGUAUAUUCUCCAUUGAGCAAUGUAUAGGUCGUGUAGGUAUUAUAGGGGUGACAUUGAUGGCAAUUCUGUCAGGAUUCGGAGCAGUCAACUAUCCAUACACGUCAAUGUUCUGCUUCAUAAGACAAGUGACAGAUACGGAGAUACAGGGCGUAGAGAAGAGACUCAUGCAGACAAUGGACAUGAUUAUGCUCAAGAAGAAGAGGAUUGCCCAAGCCAAACGUGAAAACCUAAGAUCAGCAAGCCAGAAUAUCGGUGGUGGGAUUUGGGGCAUGCUGAAAAAUGUCACAUACGGAGGAUCCACAGAAAACAUCAGCCAGCUGAAGCAGGAGGCAGGAGCGCUGGAGGAGUUGAGUCGACAACUUUUCCUUGAGGCUGUAGAUCUUCACACUACACAGGACAGAAUUGAGUCCUCAAAAACAUUCAAAGGAAAAUACUUCAAUUUCCUGGGCUACUUUUUUUCUAUCUACUGUGUAUGGAAAAUAUUUAUAUCAACAGUAAACAUAAUUUUUGACCGAGUGGGAAAACAGGACCCAGUGACACGAGGAAUAGAGAUAGCCAUCAACUACCUGGGAAUUCAGAUUGAUGUGAAGUUCUGGUCCCAGCAGAUCUCCUUUUUCCUUGUAGGAAUCAUCAUAGUGACAUCUAUACGAGGUCUUCUUAUUACACUCACAAGGUUUUUCUAUGCAAUAGCCAGCAGUAAAUCCUCCAACAUCAUAGUUCUUUGUCUGGCUCAAAUCAUGGGGAUGUACUUUGUAUCUUCAGUAUUAUUGAUGCGAAUGAAUAUGCCCCUAGAAUAUAGGACCAUAAUAACAGAAGUUCUCGGAGAAUUACAGUUCAACUUUUAUCAUCGGUGGUUUGAUGUGAUAUUUCUAGUCAGUGCUUUAUCCAGUAUAGGAUUUUUAUACAUUGCUCAUAAACAUGCUUCGGACACAAUCAGCUAGACCAUAUUGAUCCAGCAAUAUCCGUAUCUCCUUGUUUUACAUAUAAUAUGGCUGUAUUAGAAUAAAGACAAUUUUAACUGUGGAGUUUUGGUUCCAGUACAAAACCAAUUAAUGUGUAUAAUACAGUGAACUGUUCUAAGUGAUAAAGCAAUGAUAAAACUUGCAUCAUAAGUUGUCCACAGGUUAUCUUUAGGCUAUAUUGCAUGAUUAAAUGAUUUGAUUGGUUAAUAGUAAUUUUGGGAUAAAUAUUGAUCAAUCAGUAAACAUUUUGGCUAACUAACCAAACCAAAAUGUUACUUAGUUUUAUAUAAUUUGCUGCAAUACUUUCUCUUAGUGAAUAUAUGAAGACCUGUGGUGAAACCAAGUUCUUAAAGCUGCAGAGAGCUUGCACGAGGGUUGUACAUGAAUGCCUUACCUUCACAAAGAUAUGAUACUGUGUUAAGGGUUUUUUGUAUGAAUUUUGAACAUUGUUUAUGAAGUUGAUGCAUGUUAUAACAGCAUUUUAGCAGUGAUAAACAAAAUGUAUACCUUGGAUGCAGUUGAUGAAGUACUUUGGGGUAACGUUCAUUAAUUAGUGUUGUUGCAAAAUGCAAACAAUGAGUAAUAUCAUUUGUAAACAGAACUUACAAAUUUGGUUGUUGUUUCUCACAUUUUUGAUAAACGCCGCCAUAAUAACAAACAUCUAUUUAUUGCUGAUUUGGUGCACAAAAACAGUUUUCCAUUAAUAUUACUGGUGUUAUUUUCUUGUGACAAAUGUUUUUUAACAAGAAAUUUCAUUAAAGAAUGUACUUGUAGUCUAGUACCUAAUACUACCUGUUAAAAACAUAAUGAACAAAUAAAUUCAAAUAAAAU